AUGUACUCUGACUCUUUGUUCGGCAAUCAAAAAACGAAUCCGGACUUUUUGACCGAUUACCCCGAUAUCCAAGCCAAUUUUAAACCCGAAUGUCUAGUCUGCCCUGGGUGCCUUGGCUGGGACGAUAACAGGGCAUAUUAUGGAGACGGAUUGGCCACCGCCAACCGGAUUGGCGCCACUUCACCGUCGGUAUAUUAUUAUGUUGGCUAUGCUUGGCCAAUUUACCCGUAA